CUCAUCUCUCAACACUGCUUGUCGAUGGAGACCGGUCGUCAUCGAUUGAUAGAAUAUGCUUUCACCUAUUGAUCGCAAGUACAAUGGGGUCCUCUGAGGCUGAAUGGAUCCUGUCAGCGCUAGAAUACCACCAAAACACCACUAUCUCACUUCUCCAACAGUGUGGCCAAGCUGUCCCCGACCUGUCUUCACCCUCCAUCAUCAUCGCAUGAAGCCAAAACCUCAACUUAUACCUCCUCGAUGGGGUCGUCACUUCAUUCCUCCAAAGCGACUUGAAACGCUUGUCGAUACCGAUACAGAAGGCAACUACGCCUUUUCGCUUUAACAUCUUACGCAACACGACACUAAUUCCAUCACUUAUAAGAGGAUGGCGCCAUCUUUGAAGAUGCCAGAAAUACCAUCUGACAUUCUAGUGUCCAUUUUCGAAACAUUGGUCGGAGACAGCGAGUCUUUGAUCGCAGCUGGUCUCACUUGCACCGCAUGGCACGCUUUCUCCCUUCCAUAUCUUCUUUAUCAUGUCGACUUGAGCUGCCACAAUCGAGGUAGACUGCCUGAGUUUGAGGAUGACGUAGUCAUGCCUGUUGUGUACGCCAGUUUCAAUGACAAAUUCAAACCUGGCAAUCUGGUUCCUCGCCAGCGCGCAUUCCUCCAGCUCAUGACAGACCGACCAGAGCUCGCUACUCAUGUCCACUCCUUCACUUGGACACUCGUGUACUCGGAUUGUUCAGAUCUUACGGAUAUUGACCGCGAAACUUGGGUGGUCUUUGAUCGGCUCAAUAGUGUCACUCGAUUGGACCUAGCACAAAUACUCGGCGAACGUGAGAUCGAAUACAGUCGCCAACCUCCACCACGUUUGUUUCCUGCUGUCACUGAUCUCCGGCUCGUAGGAUCUAUGAAUCGGAAACUUGUGAGAGCCAUCAUCACAGCCCUCGAGCCGAGCGAUCUUCGUAGCUUGCGCUUAGACCAUCUAGGAGACGAGGGUUCAUUGCCAGGAGGUCUGCCUAUGCUUGAGGAUCUUGCGGAUCCUUACAUUCCCAAUUUAAAGAACAGAGCGGAGAUAUCUGGCCCUAUUGAUGAAGCAUUAUUCCAGCGGCAGGAAUCAGGGAGCGCAUGCGUCUUUCCUGGUCCCAUGUGGUUUCCGUUACGCUUACUAUCUUCCCACUCCCUGUCACUUACACAUUUGGAAGUGAAGUUAGCGCCAAUCAACAUGGAGAUUGAUCUUCGGAACUACGAGACCAUGUAUCAACACACGGUUCGAAUCAUGCUCAAGACCAGGAAAUCACUCGAAUCACUCGUCCUGUACUUUGGCAACGAUUCAAUUCACUACGAGGAGCCCAACUCUUCAGGUUGUGGGACAGAUCGCCUCACGUUCUCAACAUACGUGGAUCAUCACCCGCCACCGUCUGGGUAUGACUAUGGUGUACCUGGGCAAGAAGAGUACGAGGAGCUUUUGAAGACAAGUUGAGAUAAUUCAGGAUAUAUAUUCAGGACUAGGCAAAAAAACUCCAGCAACUUCAAUGUAACACGAGACUAGCAACCCCACCACUGUAUGCCCGCUAUGUAUCAUAGCUUGCAAGGUUUAUCUUCACCUUUAGGCCAUGCAUCGUCCAGGCAGCCUCCAGCGUCAUUGUUAAAGUAGGCAUAUACAGUGAGCCAAGCAUAGUUGUCUGGAGUCUUCUUAGCCUGUCCCCAACCCGACUUCGCCAUUACCUGCGCCGCAUUCUGGUAUCCGAUGAAGUCAAGAUUCGCCCCAGGAUUAAG